ACUCGGCGGGCGAAGGAGACGCGUUAAAGAUGGAAGACUUCCAGGCCUCCGAGGAGACUGCAUUUGUUGUUGAUGAAGUGAGCAGCAUUGUAAAGGAGGCUAUAGAAAGCGCCAUCGGUGGUAAUGCCUACCAGCACAGCAAAGUCAACCAGUGGACCACUAAUGUCCUAGAACAGACUUUGAGCCAACUCACCAAACUGGGGAGACCAUUUAAAUACAUUGUGACCUGUGUGAUCAUGCAGAAGAACGGUGCUGGGUUACACUCCGCAAGUUCCUGCUUCUGGGACAGCUCCACAGACGCCCGGAGCAUCACCCGAGAAUGAGUUUGAGAAGGGAGAAGGUUGCUUUUAGCCUUCUGCAUGCUGACAUCGAGUAUACCUGAGCUGCUGGUCUCAGGACAGUGCACAGCCAGCUUUGCAGGUCAUGCUUGAAGCCGCGGGCCUGUUUCUUACUGUGAUGGCGAAACCUGCUGACAUUGGCAGAGCUGGAGAGAGGCCACAGACCUCAGGGGCGGGCUAGGCACUUGUGACAUGUGGCCUCACGCAGAGAUCUAGAAAAGUGGCCGAUGUCUGGGGAAAUGGGCUACAUCAGUUUAGCUCUGUUUAAUUUUUUAAUUACAUUUGUGUGUGAGAGCGAGUAAGCAUGCGUCCCAUGGCACACCUGUGGAGUUCAGAGGUCAAAGGCAGUUUGUGGGACUUGGCUCUUUCUCCACCACUGGGUCCCAGGAAUGAACUUAGGUAGGUAGUCAGGGUUGGUGGCAAACCCCUCUACCUGCUGUACCAGCUCACUGGCCCACCAGUUUACUUUCGUUGCACUCACUGCCAGCCUCAGGUGGCACAAACCGGGAAGCAAAAAGAACAGGAGGAAAGCUUACCCUAGCAAUCUGGCAAACAUGUCUGCCCUCUCAGUAGAGGGCGAGAUGAACGAACGCCUUGGUCCUCCAGGAUGGGAAUAGGCCACUUCACCUGUAGGACAGGAACCUAGCCAUGCUGCAAUCCUACAUUCCUAGUCCCUGCUUCCUGGACGUGACGGUUGUGCAAGCCAUGAGCUCCGACCUAUGUCUGCUUGGCCCAGCGCAGUUCGCCUGCUGCUUUCGGACCUAGGCUUUGGCAUUUUAGUAGCAGCAGCAGCUACAUAUUUAGAAUUUUACAGCUUACAGAAUGGUUUCAGGAUUGCUGUGUCCUUAACAAUGCUUAGCUUGGGUAUCACAAAGGGCCCACAGUUUAUCCAGUUAAUUUCAAGUCAUAAAUCCUAGUGAGAAGGGACCCCAACAGACUAGGUUGUCUGUUGACCGCUCUGGGGUGCUCCUUGUGGGCCACCUAAGACACUAUGAUUGGCAUUGCCACUUGGUGUGUGUAUGUCUGAAGGAGUGCACACUCAUGCAUGGUCUUGUGUGUGCCCAGUUCCAGCAUAUUUCCUGAGAUGGGGUCUCUCACUGAACCUGGAGCACACUGUUUGAGCUAAAUUUGCUGGCCACCAAAACAGUGGGACACACCUGUCUCUGCUCCGUUUUCCCAGCCCUGGGGUUACAGGCACACACCACUGUGCCCGCUUUUACAUGGAUGCUGCAGCUCUAAACUUGGGCCCUCAUUCUCACAAAGCAAGCAUUUAACCCACUGACCUGUCUCCCCGAUAUCCCUGGCUGAAGAGCCUUGCUGUGGUCUUCUUUCUAAAGCAUUCAUAUAAAAAGCUAGUAAUACAUAAAGAAUUAAAAAUUAGAAAUAUAUUAACAUCGGUGAACAAGAGACAGUGUCAGAAUGAAGCUGAUAAGGUUUGUUAUGGAUGAGAAAUGUCCCCCAUCGGUGUGUGAUGGUUUGAAUAUGCCUGGCCCAGGGAGUGGCACUGUUAGAAGGUGUGUCACUGUGGGUGUGGGCUUUAAGACCCUCAUUCUAGCUGCCUAGAAGCCAGUAUUCUGCUAGCAGCCUUCAGAUGAAGAUGUAGAACUCUCAGCUCUGCUUGCACCAUGCCUGCUUGGAUGCUGCCAUGCUCCUGCCUUGAUGAUAAUGGACUGAACCUCUGAACCUGUAAGCCAGCCCCAAUUAAAUGUUGUCCUUAUAAGA